CGUAAAUCUUCGAUCGAAUUCCAGCGGUUUCCACUGGGUUUUCUUUGCCUUUCCAAAAUCCCGAGAAUUGAUUAUUAUAUGUAAAACUACUUCGUUUAGCCCCAAAAUUUUUCGCCGGCGUUAGAAUCAAACUCUAAUCAUCAUCAAUGUACUGCAAUUUCCAAAAGCAAGCGAUCGAGUAUGGAGUUCAGGCCGUACAGGAAGACAACGCCGGAAAUUAUGCCAAGGCGUUUGAUCUCUACACGAAGGCGCUUCAGUAUUUUAAAGCUCAAUUGAAAUACGAGAAAUCCUAAGGUGAGGGAGGCCGUUACUGAGAAGUUCGUUGAGUUUUUGCGCCGUGCGGAGGAGAUUCAGGCGGUGUUGAAAGACGGCGUCGGCGGCGGUGAUUCGAGACAAGGUACGAAUCAGAAUGAGGCAACGGCAGCGAAGCUGGAGGUGAAACCCAAGGAUGGUGGCGCUGGACGCUGGUGGCAAGGGAGAUGAUCAAGAGCAGUCGAAACUGAGGGCUGGAUUGAAUUCUGCUAUAAUUAGUGAAAAACCUAAUGUGCAUUGGAACGAUGUGGCUGGACUGGAAAGUGCGAAGCAGGCUUUGCAGGAGGCUGUGAUCUUGCCGAUUAUGUUUCCACAGUUCUUCACAGGUAAGAGGCAACCAUGGAGGGCUUUUCUUUUAUAUGGUCCACCUGGGACAGGGAAGUCCUAUUUAGCCAAGGCAGUUGCAACAGAAGCGAACUCAACGUUUUUCAGUAUUUCAUCCUCAUACCUUGUAUCGAAGUGGAUGGGAGAGAGUGAAAAGCUUGUUGCCAAUCUUUUCCAGAUGGCCCGAGAAAGUGCUCCUUCCAUCAUGUUUGUGGAUGAAAUUGAUUCCUUGUGUGGUCAGCGUGGAGAAGGAAAUGAGAGCGAGGCGUCAAGACGUAUUAAAACAGAGCUGCUAGUGCAGAUGCAGGGAGUCGGACACAAUGAUCAAAAUGUUCUUGUUUUGGCAGCGACAAAUACUCCUCAUGCUCUUGAUCAGGCUAUUAGGCGAAGGUUCGAUAAGCGGAUUUACAUUCCUCUACCAGAUCAGAAGGCACAACAACAUAUGUUCAAGAUUCAUUUAGGAGACACAUCACACAAUUUGAUGGAGAGCGACUUUGAAAGUUUGGCUUAUAAAACAGAAGGGUUUUCAGGUUCUGAUAUUUCUGUUUGUGUCAAGGAUGUCCUCUUCGAACCAGUACGAAAGACUCAAGAUGCUAUGUUCUUUGUUAAUACUUCUAGUGGUUUGUGGAUGCCAUGUGGACCUCAGCAAUCAGGAGCUGUCCAGACUAGUAUUCAGGAGCUUGCUGCUAAAGGACUUGCCUCAAAGAUAACUCUUCCCCCGAUAUCUAAAAUGGACGUCUACAAGGUUUUGGCAAGGCAGAAGCCAACAGUGAGCAAAUCUGAUCUCCAGCUGCAUGAGAGAUUCACCCAGGAUUUGGAGAGGAUGGUUGAAAUUUGGUUUGGAUAGGAAAGACAAGUUAUUUUUCUUUGUUUGGCAUUUGUGUGUAUAUACUUUGUGCUUGUCUGUAAAUAUUUACAUGACUUAGUGAUUUGAGGCAUUUAUUGAACACCUCUUUUUCUCUUUUGAGUUUUAGAAUAGGCAUGUCUUCUUCGAUGAGAUAAUGGAUAGUCGAGAUGAAUUUGAAGCCUUUGCCAUGAUGUUUAAGGCCAAAAUGGCUGUAUUAUUUAAAGAGAACGCUAUGCGCCAAUUUACUACUAAUCAACAUUAAAAAAGAUUUUAAAAAAUG